AUGAAGCCUACAGAGUCGAUAGCCACAGCUGCAGAGCAGGCGACCAGCCUGGACUACCUGCUCUGGCUGAUGCACUGGACAGGUGCGAUGCGUCAUCCCCGGGCCGGGCCGUGGUCCUGCCGCAUCUCUAACCUGCUCAGAUUUCUCGCAGUGGCUGCAGUUUCUUAUGCCAACGGCUGCGACGUGGUUUCAGUCUGCCGCGAAGGAAUAAGUGAUUUCGAUCGUUUCACUAUAACACUGAGUGUGUUUGAAACCGGGAAUACGUGGGUAUACCGUCGCUGCCAUGUCGCAUGGCGUGAGCGUAGCUUUCAGAAACUUGCUCGACAGGUGCGCGAGGACUUUGGAGAGUUCAUGAGCCCUGGCGACAUCCCCGUUCUGCAAGCCCUCGCUGGUUCACUGCGGCGCUUCGUGACAGCCUACGUACUUCUGGGCGCGUUCGACACGAUGGUGUGGCUCACGUACCCUACGAGGGGCGAGGGCCUGCCACUGCUGAUCAUACUGCCCUUCCAGACGGACCGCUCCUUUGGCUGGUUCACUGGUUGGCUGAUCUGCGCCUACAUCACAGCGGACUGCCUGACGGUCAACUUCAUGGUCGACUCUUUCAAUAUCUGUCUUAUGGAGCAGCUGCGAAUGCAACUUAUUAUUCUAAGAAAACACAUUGACGAAUUGGGCGACAAAGGCGGGAGCACAAAACACUCGCUAGCACAAAAUAAUUCCGAGAGGAGUCUGCCACUUGGGAAUUAUUUAGAUGAAUAUUAUGAGAGUUAUAAGCUACAGAAGACCAUUUACGAGCAACAACGUACGAAGGCUGCAUUGGGGAAAGAAGGAACCAAAGGAAGGCAGCUAUCACCUGAACUUACUAAUGUUUGCGAUAUUCAUAGUCGAUUGCGCGGUAUUAUACUUCACCAUCAAGCUAUCCUCAGGAACGCUGAGUCACUGCAGGACUGCCUGAGUAACAUGCUACUGGUUCAAAGCGCCUCCCUCGGUUCCGUUAUCUGCAUUCUGUUGGUUCAGAUAGCUCUGAGCGCUCAAGGAGCACGAGAAACUGGGAAGAUCUGCGGCUACAUGUUUGCAAUAUUUGGUGAGCUCUGGCUCUACUGCUGGUUCGGAGACAAACUGAUGUCAGAGGGCGAGAAUUUGACACUGGCGAUAUAUGAUGCGGUGACGUCACUACACGAAUGCUCCACGUCCAUCAAACGAUCGCUGCUGCUGCUCAUGCUGAGGUCUCAGCGGCCGCUUUGCAUCACUGCCGCCGGAUUCUUCCCUCUCUCCAGGGAGUCCUUCGUGUCGAUCUUAAAUAUCUCUUACUCAUUCUUCACCAUUCUUCGAAAUUUCAAGGGUGAAUGA